UAUAGACGUAAGUAGUAAGCAUAGAAGCAUGGGCAUGAUGGCAAACCACAUCGACUCCAUACAUAACAUACUCAUGUCCUCUCUCUCCACCCUAACCUCUCCUCUCCUCCGCCGAUUCACUCUCGCCGCCUCCGCCGUCUCCCGCCGCCGCCUCCGCCGGCUCUCCGCCAUCCUCUCAUCGCCGGUACUCUUUUCGCUCACUCUCCGCCGCCUCCAGUCCCUCUCUCUGCACCACAAAUCGCUCAUUGUCGCAAAAUACCUUUUAUCCAGCAUCGAGCUUCUCAAACAAUUCGCUGUAAACGACGUCGUCGGAGGUCAUCGAAUUGCACCUCUGUGCUCCGCCGUGAAGCUCCGCGACCUCGAUGCGGUGCUUCUCCUCCUCCUCCUCUGCGAAAUCCACCAACACGAUCGGAGAUUGCUGCUCGACGCCCCGCUCGCGCGUUGGCGCGUGGUUCUGAGCGGUUACGUCUCGGAUUCGAUUCUGCGGAUUUCGAAUUUCGCCGGAACUUCUAGCAGCGACGUUCUGGUGCAGUACGUUGAAUCAAUUGGAAGAUGCUGGGGUUUGGUUAGUGCAAUCGGCGGCGGUUGUGGCGUGGAACGGAAGGAGGUUCCGGCUUCAGCUGCGGCGGUGGUCGCGCUGCCGUCCGUGGCGGCGACCGGCGGCGGAAUUUGCGCGAUUUGUACGGAGGAGAUUAGCGAACGGCGAGAGGUUUGUGAGUUGCCCUGCCGCCAUUUGUUCCAUUGGAUGUGUAUACUGCGGUGGCUGAAGAAGCGCGACUCGUGUCCGUACUGCCGGCGCCGCCUCCCGACCGACGACGUCCGCCGUGAGAUCGAACGGUUGUUGGAGGAUCUCGCGAGGAUCGACGGUGGAGGAAGCUCGCAUCGAGACCAUUGCUCCGUACGGACAUAUAUGGAAGACAAUGCAGAAUCAAAACCGCUCUUUGGUGAGAAGGUGAAAAUGGAGGGAGAAGGAGAAGCAGAGAGUGUGAAUGUACGGACAGUGAAUUGUCUGAGGGGCAGAUUGCUUGCAGAAAGAAUGGCUUCCAAACACGCCAAAGAGGAGGCGCACAUUUUAGGGAACAAAAUGAUGGAGCUGGAGAAGCUUCUAGAAGAUGAGGAGAAGAGGAGGAGGAGAGCAGAGAGGAGGCUGAAGCGUGUGAUGAAGAAGAUGGAAUCUCUGAAUAUUAGUAUUACUACAACUACAACAUUGAUAUCUGAUGAGUUCGACAAAUCUGAGGUUUCUGUAUCUUCUUCUUCUUCUUCUGAUUCUUCGUUGUGCACCAAAGAUGUUGGAGAAAGCAUCAUGACCAUAGUCAAUGGCAAUUUCAAUUCGACAAAUAAGAAUGAGAAAUUUGAAGAUGAGGUUGAGGUUGAGAUUGAGGAGAGAUCUUUUUUUUCUUCUUCUUCUUAUUGGGAGAAAUCGAUCUCCUCUUGCAACAACUUCUCCAACAUGGAUUAUGACCAAAGUACCACUGUAAAAUCUUGGAGGGAAGAACCAAUCGAGCAAGACAAAGACGACGAUGAUGAUGGAGUGGAUAACUCAAUGGCUUUAGUUCCGGUGAAGGCGGAGCAGCAGCAAGAGCAGACAAGAAUCGAUCCCCAAGUUCUCGACAAAACUGUGAAAGAAGUUCUCGAUGCUUUGAAGUAUGCUAAAGAACAGCUGCAGAGUUCGAUGGAGCGCCGCAGCCGUGGCCGGAACAUGAUCAGGGUUGGUUAAAAGAGGCUUAAAAUAUUCUUUCUGUUGUUUGAUGAAAAAGAGACAUUUGAUGUGUUUGUGAAUAAAAAUGGACUCCAUUUUAGAUUCGAUUUAGAAUGUGUCCAAUUUAG